AGGUUGGACUUGCCAGACAGUUCCAAGCAGUUUCUGUUCCCCAAGGCAGUCAAUCACGGCUGACUGGAUAACUGACUACUGGAUCGAUGAACAGAAAUUCACUGAGAUGACAUAGGGAGGGGCGUCAAGGACAAUGGUGCAGAAAAAGAAAAUCUGUCCUCGGUUACUUGACUAUCUUGUGAUCAUUGGAGCCAGGCAGCCAAGUAGUGAUAGUGUUGCUCAGACUCCUGAACUGCUGCGACGUUACCCUCUAGAAGACCAUGUGGACUUUCCUCUACCACCUGACGUUGUAUUCUUCUGCCAGCCAGAAGGAUGCCUGAGCGUGCGGCAAAAACGCAUGAGCUUCCGUGAUGACACUUCCUUUGUCUUCACACUCACAGACAAGGAUACAGGUGUCAUUCGCUAUGGAAUCUGUGUCAACUUCUACCGCUCCUUCCAGAAGCGAGUACCCAAGGAGAAGGGAGAAGGCACAGGGGGGCAUCGAGCUCGGGAGGGACAGAAAAUCCCCAAAUCUGGGGAUGCAUCUGCACCCCAAGAGGAAGUGGGCACUGAGAGUUCGGAGAGCGGUUCUUCACUGCAGGCUCCAAGUACAGAGUCUACCCCAGAUGUGAAUCGAUCACCGCGCAGUAAGCGUCUGGCCAAAGGCAGCCAUCGCUCUCGGAACAGCACUCUGACUUCUCUGUGCAUCCUUAGUCAUUAUCCCUUCUUUUCCACCUUUCGUGAGUGUCUGUACACCCUCAAGAGACUUGUGGACUGCUGUAGUGAGAGAUUGCUGGGCAAGAAGUUGGGGAUUCCUCGUGGGGUGCAGAGGGAUACAAUGUGGCGGAUUUUCACAGGCUCCCUCCUGGUGGAAGAAAAGUCUAGUGCAUUGCUACACGACUUGCGGGAGAUUGAGGCCUGGAUAUACCGGCUGCUGCGUUCACCGAUGCCUGUUGCUGGUCAGAAGCGGGUGGAUGUGGAAGUCUUGCCCCAUGAGUUGCAGCCAGCUUUGACCUUUGCUCUUCCUGAUCCAUCCCGCUUCACCUUGGUGGAUUUUCCAUUACAUCUGCCUUUGGAGUUGUUGGGAGUGGAUGCCUGCCUGCAGGUGCUGACCUGCAUCCUUCUGGAGCACAAGGUUGUAUUGCAGUCCCGAGAUUAUAAUGCGCUCUCAAUGUCUGUGAUGGCCUUUGUGGCUAUGAUCUACCCAUUAGAGUACAUGUUCCCAGUGAUCCCUCUGCUUCCCACCUGCAUGGCCUCUGCAGAACAGUUGCUUCUAGCCCCUACACCUUAUAUCAUUGGUGUUCCAGCAAGUUUCUUCCUUUACAAACUGGAUUUCAAAAUGCCUGAUGAUGUAUGGCUUAUUGACCUGGAUACCAAUAGGGUGAUCGUUCCCACAAAUGCAGAAUCUUUGCCAGCACUGCCAGAACCAGAAGCUUCAGAACUGAAAAAGCAUCUGAAACAGUGUCUGGUUAGCAUGACUGCAAUCACUCAGAAACAGCUGCUCACUCCUGACAACAAGGCACUGGCCAGCAUGAGUCUGAAUACUCAGCCCAUUCUUAAUCUAGAGAAGUUCCAAGAGGGGCAGGAGGUGCCACUGCUGCUGGGAAGACCACAGAAUGAUUUGCAGUCUACUCCCUCCACAGAAUUCAACCCUCUGAUCUAUGGAAAUGAUGUGGACUCUGUGGAUGUGGCUACCAGGGUUGCUAUGGUGAGAUUCUUCAACUCGCCAAAUGUUUUGCAAGGUUUCCAGAUGCAUACUCGCACUCUUCGUCUCUUCCCGCGACCAGUGGUGGCCUUCCAGGCAAAUUCUUUUCUUGCCUCUAGGCCGAAGCAAACACCUUUUGCAGAUAAGCUUUCCAGGACACAGGCAGUAGAAUACUUUGGAGAAUGGUCACUCAACCCUACUAACUAUGCUUUCCAAAGAAUUCAUAACAGCAUGUUUGACCCAGCACUAAUUGGUGACAAACCAAAGUGGUAUGCUCACCAGCUGCAGCCCAUCCACUAUCGUGUCUAUGACAGUAAUUCACAGCUGGCUGAAGCGCUGAAUGUCACAGUAGAGAAAGAAACAGACUCUGAUCCCACUGAUGACAGUGGCAGUGACAGUGUCGACUAUGAUGACUCAAGUUCCUCCUACUCCUCCCUUGGUGACUUUGUCAGUGAGAUGAUGAAAUGUGACAUUAAUGGCGAUACCCCAAAUGUUGACCCCCUGACUCAUGCAGCCCUUGGUGACGCUAGUGAAGUGGAAUUUGAUGAUUUUCAAGAAUAUUCAGGGGAUCUCGAUGAACAGGCCAUGGACAGUGAAAACUCCCAAGAGAACAACCAGCCUCGUUCAAGUUCCAGUACUACAGCCAGUAGCAGCCCCAGCACUGUCAUCCAUGGAGUGAAUCAUUUGUACGUAACGCAAAUUAGCGAACAGAUCAAUGAUUUGACUGGUCCACAGGAGUCAGCAGAUUCAGCAGAAAUGGAAGAGAAGUUGGUUGCUGGAUUUUCAAACCAUCUCCCUUCCUUGCCACUGCAACCAAGCUUUCCCAAGAUAAGCUUGGAUCGUCGUGAGGGUGACAACGCAGCUGGCAGCAUGAGCUCCUCAGAAGGGGUGGUGAGGAAGCGAGAGUAUGACAAUCCGUACUUCGAACCACAGUAUGGUUUUCCUACAGAGGAUGAAGAUGAUGAGCAGGAAGAGAGCUACACCCCAAGAUUUAACCAGAAUCUCAAUGGAAGCAGGUCUCAGAAGUUACUCCGUCCAAACAGUUUAAAACUGGCCAAUGAUUCUGAUGCAGAUUCAGAUUCCAGGGCCAGCUCCCCAAACUCUACUGUCUCCAACAACAGCAGUGAAGGUUUUGGGGGCAUCAUGUCUUUCGCAAGCAGCCUGUACAGAAACCACAGCACAAGUUUCAGUCUGUCCAACUUAGCCCUACCAACCAAAGUUGGGAGAGACAAGAAUACUCCCUUUCCCAGCCUGAAAGUAUUUGGGUUAAAUACUAUAAUGGAGAUUAUUACUGAAGCUGGCCCAGUAAGCAAUGAAGGAAACAGACGAGCUCUUGUAGAUCAAAAGUCUUCGGUCAUUAAGCACAGCCCAACAGUGAAGAGAGAAUCUCCAUCGCCUCAGGGACGAACUAGCAAUUCCAGUGAGAAUCAGCAGUUCCUGAAGGAGGUGGUACACAAUGUUCUCGAUGGGCAAGGUGUUGGCUGGCUGAACAUGAAGAGAGUCCGACGGCUGCUGGAGAGCGAGCAGCUUCGUGUCUUUGUACUAAGCAAGCUGAAUCGCACGAUCCAGUCAGAAGAAGAUGCUCGACAGGAUGUCAUACAGGAUGUGGAGAUCAGCCGCAAGGUUUAUAAAGGCAUGCUGGACUUGCUGAAGUGCACCGUGUUGAGCCUGGAGCAGUCAUAUGCAAAUGCUGGCCUGGGAGGCAUGGCCAGUGUUUUUGGCCUGCUAGAGAUAGCACAUACUCACUAUUACAACAAAGAACCAGAAAAGAGAAAACGAAGUCCAACGGAUGGAUCUGUCACUCCAGUUGGCAAGGAUCCUGCAUCAUCCCCAAGAGUGGAGCCAAAACCUGCAAUGCAGCUGCCGGUACCUCAGCUGAUGCCAAAGGCACCAAGCCCUGCAGGCAAAGGGCCAAGGGAGUUUGACACAAGGAGUCUAAAGGAAGAAAAUUUUAUUGCUUCCAUUGGGCCAGAAGCUGUGAAACACUUUGAUUUGGGAGAAACGGAUGAGAAAAAAUCCCAAAUCAGUGCAGACAGUGGCCUCAGUUUGGCCUCAGGUUCUCAGAAGAGUGAUUUCGACUCUAUUCCCAGUGGAGGACCAGCAGUUAUGGUCCGAAGUACAAGCCAGGAUUCUGAAGUUAGCACAGUGGUUAGUAACAGUUCCGGAGAGACAUUAGGAGCAGACAGUGACUUGAGUAGCAAUGCUGGUGAUGGCCCGAGUGUGGAAAAUGGUGGCAAUUUGACAGGAUCCAGAGGCACUGUGUCAGACAGUGAAAUUGAGACAAACUCUGCUACUAGCUCUAUCUUUGCGAAGUCUCACAACCUGAAGCAGAGUGUGAAGGAUAGCAAAGGCAGUACUCCAGGGAGAGGUCCAGAGGACGGGAACCAACGUGUCUAUCUCUAUGAAGGACUUUUGGGUAGGGAUAAAGGAUCUGUCUGGGACCAGUUAGAGGAUGCUGCAAUGGAAACCUUCUCUAUGAGCAAAGAGCGUUCAACUUUGUGGGACCAGAUGCAGUUCUGGGAAGAUGCUUUUUUGGAUGCUGUGAUGUUAGAGAGAGAAGGAAUGGGGAUGGACCAGGGACCUCAGGAGAUGAUUGACAGGUAUCUUUCUCUGGGAGAACAUGAUCGAAAGCGUUUGGAGGAUGAUGAGGACCGCUUGUUGGCUACACUGCUGCAUAAUAUGAUUGCUUAUAUGCUUAUGAUAAAGGUGAACAAGAAUGAUAUUAGGAAAAAGGUGCGUCGUCUAAUGGGAAAAUCGCAUAUUGGAUUGGUGCACAGCCAGCAAAUAAAUGAUAUUCUAGACAAACUUGCCAAUCUGAAUGGACGGGAACUCCCUGUGAGACCCAGUGGCAGCCGCCACAUCAAGAAGCAGACUUUUGUAGUACAUGCUGGGACAGACACAACAGGAGACAUAUUUUUCAUGGAGGUAUGUGAUGAUUGCAUUGUGCUGAGAAGCAACAUUGGAACUGUGUAUGAACGUUGGUGGUAUGAGAAACUCAUCAACAUGACUUACUGUCCCAAAACAAAAGUGCUGUGCCUCUGGCGGAGGAAUGGUCAGGAGACACAACUGAACAAGUUCUACACAAAGAAGUGUCGGGAAUUAUACUACUGUGUAAAAGACAGCAUGGAGCGAGCAGCAGCAAGACAACAAAGCAUUAAACCAGGCCCUGAGUUGGGUGGUGAGUUCCCUGUGCAGGAUAUGAAAACUGGUGAAGGAGGUCUUCUUCAGGUCACACUGGAAGGCAUUAACCUGAAAUUUAUGCACAGUCAGGUUUUCAUAGAGCUGAAUCACAUUAAAAAGUGCAAUACUGUGCGAGGAGUCUUUGUCCUGGAGGAAUUUGUUCCUGAAACUAAAGAAGUGGUGAGCCACAAGUACAAGACGCCAAUGGCUCAUGAGAUCUGCUACUCCGUGCUGUGUCUCUUCUCUUACGUGGCUGCCAUUCGCGGAAAAGAGGCAGAAAACAAAAGCAAACCACCUCGACCAGUUUCCAGCUGAUCACGAUAUUGGGAAAUACCUAUCCUUUGGCACGCUGACGUGCAGUACUCCUAUUUUUACUGCAGUUACUGGAGCUCACUUUACUGUCUUCUAUGAGAACUUGAUUAUUUAUGUAUGACCCUGCAAGUCUUUCCCCAUAGAAAAACCUAAGACUUCACUGCUCAGUCUCCUUCUGAAUUCAUCCUUAAUGGAGUUUUUAUAUGAGCUGUUAAUCAAACAGUUUUGAGCAUCAGCAUCCAGCUGUGAGUGACCUACUCUGGCCAUUCCUUUGGAAUUCCUUUUUUCUUAAGAUGACUAACAGCUUGAGUUCGGUUGUUUUUUUUGUUUCUAGUGGUACUUGUUACAGAUUAAUCACUUUACAACUGCAGGCUUCUGCUUUCAGAUUCUCUGGUAUGUGCUCAGUGGAAGCAGUCUGGUCCUGCAUGUUGUUUAAAUGCAGUGUUUUUAUUGUUUUCCUCCUGUGUUGUUUGUUUUUACCCACCAACGGAGUUCUUGUCACAUAGUUCUUCAGACCCUUUUGGUAGAGAUGAACAAUUUAGCUACCAUAGUCUUAAAAUAUCAUGUGACAAUUGAAGUUUGGCUAUUAAAUUGGUCCAUCUGUGGAGAUGACUGCUAUCUCAAGUGGGAAAAGAAGUGGAGAGAGAAACUUUGAAGGCAGUAUAUUGUGAAAAACUCUGGAUUUUGUGGAUUUGUGGAUUGUGUGGAUUUUCAAAUGGGCGUUGAGGUAACAUUUGUAGAUAUCCCAGCAGUAGAGUUAACAGAUGCAUACAAGCACUACCUAAAGCAGUUAAUCACAGGGAUUAGAAAAUGAAUAAGGAAAUGUAAAACUUGGAAACGUUAUUGACAGAAGCAUGCAGCAGACCCUUUUGUCUUUCUGCGUUUGUAACUAUACAACAAGACAUUUCUAUAGCAAUCUAUAGAACAUGUUCUGAAGCCCAAAGGAUUAUGCUGUCUCCAAAUUUUUUAAGCUAUUGCUUUUUUCCAAUCUGUACCUGUAUAUAUCAAGGAAUCUUGCAAAUACUGUGUUGACGUAUAAUGAAACUCCCACAGUUAAAACUAUCCAUCACAUUCCUUAUUUUAAGUAGGCCGAAAAUGAAUGUUUUUUGCAUCCUGUUUUUGUUCUUGAACUGUACUGCACUUGUCUGGAAAGCUCUUAGGAUGCUGGGAGGAGAGACUGUCUAGAGAAAAUAAUGUUACAUGUAAAAUACCUGGAAAAAAUGCUCUGAUGCAAACUGAUGUAUUGUAUGUUUUGACAUAGAAUUCUGAGUAAACGAACCCAGAAAUAACCCUGUUUUGGCUUGGUCAGGGUGCCUACCAAUUUGAAUGGAAGACACUAGUAAUGGGUGAGGAAAUGAUGUAAAUAUUACAGUACCACAUCUAUUUAUAGAAACUGUACAGCUGUCUGAAUGUGAAAAUAAAAUGUCAUUCAACCAGCAA